CUGAGUCCCUGCGCUCGCCGUGGCGGAAACUCGGGAAAGAGGCGGCGCGCAGCCUGACUGGACUUCCCCUCCGCCCCCAAGAGGUCGCAGGUCCGGGCUCCCGGGGCUCCUCCAGCUUUACCACGGACCUGGAGCGAGCUUUUAGGGGGCAUUCGGCAGCCGGAGAGAGUCAGAGGCAUUCUUUGGUUGCUAAGUGUGAAAGAAGACACUCAAGAUGGCUCAGGGAUCCGGAGACCAACGAGCAGUGGGAACUGCUGACCCAGAGGAGAGUUCCCCCAAUAUGAUUGUCUACUGCAAAAUUGAAGACAUCAUUACGAAGAUGCAAGACGACAAGACAGGGGGUGUCCCCAUCAGAACAGUCAAGAGUUUUCUCUCCAAAAUCCCGAGUGUCGUCACAGGUACUGACAUUGUACAGUGGCUUAUGAAGAACCUUUCAAUCGAGGACCCAGUUGAAGCAAUACACUUGGGAAGCCUUAUAGCUGCCCAGGGCUACAUCUUUCCAAUCUCAGACCAUGUGCUCACCAUGAAGGAUGAUGGUACCUUCUAUCGUUUCCAGGCUCCUUACUUCUGGCCUUCGAACUGUUGGGAACCUGAAAACACUGACUAUGCCAUCUAUCUCUGUAAGAGGACAAUGCAAAAUAAAGCAAGACUGGAGUUGGCAGAUUAUGAAGCAGAAAACUUAGCAAGACUCCAGAGGGCCUUUGCAAGAAAGUGGGAAUUCAUCUUUAUGCAAGCAGAAGCACAGGUCAAAAUUGAUCGAAAAAAGGACAAGACAGAAAGGAAAAUUUUGGAUAGUCAAGAACGGGCCUUUUGGGAUGUCCACAGGCCAGUGCCAGGCUGUGUGAACACAACUGAAAUGGAUAUCAGAAAAUGUCGACGUUUGAAGAAUCCACAAAAGGUUAAGAAGUCAGUGUAUGGUGUAACUGAGGAGUCCCAGUCGCAGAGCCCUGUGCACAUACCCAGCCAGCCUAUCAGGAAAACUACAAAAGAGGACAUCCGGAAACAGAUAACAUUUUUGAAUGCACAGAUAGACAGACAUUGUUUAAAAAUGUCCAAAGUGGCUGAAAGCUUAAUUGCUUACACGGAACAGUAUGUGGAAUACGACCCUUUCAUCACGCCAGCAGAGCCAUCUAAUCCCUGGAUCAGCGAUGACAUCACUUUGUGGGACAUAGAGAUGAGCAAAGAGCCCAGCCAGCAGCGAGUAAAAAGAUGGGGCUUCUCUUUCGACGAGAUAUUGAAGGACCAGGUGGGGCGGGACCAGUUCCUACGAUUCCUGGAGUCUGAAUUCAGUUCAGAAAACCUCAGGUUCUGGCUGGCUGUCCAAGAUCUCAAGAAACAACCCUUACAGGAUGUGGCCAAGAGGGUGGAAGAAAUCUGGCAAGAGUUUUUAGCCCCAGGAGCCCCAAGUGCAAUCAACCUGGAUUCUCACAGCUAUGAGAUAACCAGUCAAAAUGUCAAAGAUGGAGGGAGAUACACAUUUGAAGAUGCCCAGGAGCACAUUUACAAGUUGAUGAAAAGUGACAGCUAUGCCCGCUUCCUCCGGUCCAAUGCUUACCAGGACCUGCUGCUGGCCAAGAAGAAGCCAGAAAGUGAGCAAGGUCGUAGAACUUCCCUAGAAAAGUUCACUCGCAGUGUGAUGAAGCAAGUAUUUUCACAGCGCACAAUGGCUGGGGAGAAGGUGGAUUAGUCAAUCUAUGUCAACGAGAAAGGCAAUGUCUGAUAAUGGGCCGCAGACUCACACCCAUGGGCACGACCUAGCCAACGUGCCUUUUUGAUGACUUGGAUGAAGACACAAACCCACCAACCCUGUUCUAAAAUCUAUACCUGGAAGACAUUACUCACUGGUAGAUAACAGAAGUGCAUUUGAAAAGUCAGCUGGAACGAUAGGUCAAAAACAUCUAGAUCAAAUGUAACCAGGUAAAAUUUAUGUUUAAAAAUAAUCCAGUUUCACAACUAUAGAUGUUACUUGUCGUCUCCAUUGUAACUGAGGUUAAAUAAAUGGAGUGUUAUAGUUGAUUGUAAGAUUAAUAUAAGCACAAGUGCGACCACUUUUUUUUUUAAGGCAACAUUAGGCUAUGAGAGUAAAAGUGGAAAUAGUCACAGAGAUAAACGCUUCACUGCUCUGGGUUGCCCUAUGCUACACGGACUCUUGGGUUCAAGCCCCACCUCUUUUGCAGGGUUUUAGUAGGCUAGAGAAAGUCCAGAAGAGGAGAACUGGGCUGAGAAAGGGACUAUGGGAGCCAUGUCCAGCCUCCCAGCCAACAGCAUGAGACCUGAUUGUGUUUGUCUUCUGGAGUGAGUGGACUCCACGGGGCUGCUCUGAAGGGCAAAGCUAGACCGAAGGGGUAGAAAAAGUCGGGGGGAGGGUCACUCCACUGAAGAAUAUUUUAACAGUCGCCACUAUUCACCAAGGGAAUGUGUCACUUCAAGGAGCAGUGUGCUCCUUGGCUUUUGACAGUUAGAAGCUGAGUGAAACAUGUAGGAUCUGAAUAGUUCAGGAUGUUGUAGAGAGUAUUUCUGUGGUGGAUUCCAUAACCUCUUCCCACUGGAACUCUGUGCUGCAUUAAAUAUUUGUUAAAUGAGCCUUACCGCAGUUCAUUCAGUGCUUUAUAAUCAAGUUGUGGAUGAGGAAAAUGGAUUACAUGGAGGGAGUUUGCUAAUUGGAGAAAUUCAAAAGAUUCCAGUUAGACUCUGCCUUGAGGGAGCAAAAGCCAGAUGACACACUGGAAGUGAGGGAAACUGUCACAAAGUGGAAUGGCUGUCCUUCUUCAUAUGUCAGCAUGCACUCUCCCUCCCUCCCUCCCUCUCUCUCUCUCUCUCUCUCUCUCACACACACACACACACACACACACACACACACACACACAAACACAUUCUGUGUCAUUUGCUGCCACUGCAGCUGAGCCCUGGGCAACACUGUUCUGUCCCCCAGAUGCUUGAAAGGAGGUCACUGAUCAGAGGACAUAAGCACCCCUUGGCACAGAAAGGCUGAGCAUAGCCAAGGGCAGCCACAUCUGUAGGUGCCCUGGCCCUAUCAUAGUUCCAAGUGGUGCUUUUUGGAUAAGAGAAAAGAUGGUAAAACUAUUUGCCAUUUACUGAUUGCCACUAGAACCCAGGAGAACAAGCUGACAUCAGAAUUAGUUCCGCCGACCAGGUGCAGAGGAUGCUCCUGGAGGCCUGGGAGCCAAGAAUAACUGUCCUCCCUUCUCUCCCAUCACCUGGCCCUACCCUGAGGACUCCUCUUCAACCAGCUCAGCAAAGGAAAGAAGGGUUUUCAUGUCACACUCUUCUCAGUGCUCCUAAGAACCAACCCCACUGCAGAUGACACUCCCUCCUCAUUCAGCCUUCACCAGGGCUGCUUUCACCUCAUUGUGGGAUUGUAUAAUUAUGGUGAUUACAUCAUAGGGCUUUUUCCCUCUUUUCAUCUUUUGCUUUCAAAUUCAUUGAGGCCUCUUAUUAAGCAUGGCAAUCCUAGAAAAGUCAGCAAAGUUUUAAUAAGACGUGUUUAAAGCCAAAGAAAGUCUGAUCAGAGUUGACGGGUACCGUGUUGUCUCAGACGGUCAUUUAAAACUCUGUGAGGUGAGGAUGAUGCCUGGAUGUAAGGGAAGGGGGAGGGGAGACAUCCACAUCUUGGGGGGCACCUGUACUUAUCCUCCGGGCUAGAGAAUCAUUCUACGCUGUGCCUUGGCCUUUCUCUCUUGCAUCAGACCAUGGUGCAUUGUGCCUCCGUGCCUAAUAGGAACAGAGGGACUGUCAAGCAAAGACAGAAAGCCUGACUUUGGUAUCAUAGCAGAUCAAGUUAGGAAAUGGAGAUGAAGCAUCUAGCACAAAACUUGACCCAACUUUACAAUCUACAGCAAAAGUAAUAGGACAAUUCUGUUCUGGAUGAUACUGGGAGGCUCCGGGACAUCCGUAUUUCUAAAUACGUGAAGAAUUCGAGCGUUAGCAUCUGUGGUGAUCAUGAUCCGGUGGCCCUAUACUUGAUGGAGGUCUUGUGGUAAUGAUAUGCCUUCACACCCCACUAUUUCCUAACCCUCAAUCAUGGCUUGCUUAAAUAAUCCCUAGGUCUGUAGAACAUCUUGAGAAGGACCACCAAGAAAGAAUGUGGAUUGGGUGGUGGCCACCAGAGCCCCCAACCUGCACUCAACAGCUUUAUCCGGGCUUGGGGUUAGGGGUCCCUUGGUCUCCAUGCUCCUCGGGAACUACAGAGGUACCUGCACAGUGAGGUGCAUCUUGCUCCAGCAGGAGUACUUUUUUGAGAGUUCCCUGAUUGCCCCUCGUGACUGGUGCCAUCCAGACUGCUCCUUCGCAAGGUGGUAGCUGGUUAUCUGCCACUUGUGUCAUUCAGGAGAAAGAGCCUGAGUUAUAACUGCGCUACAGCACCACCAGAGUCAAAAGUCAAAAAUCUGGUGGUGCUGUUUCCCCCAGCUACAUUCACAUACAUUACUGAAGAUGACCUGCUUGCUUUGUCCCCUGAGAACAAUAUUCCUUCAGUACCCACAGAAAUGCAGAGAAGUGGACACAGGCUGCCCCCGUGGGAUCCCUAUUUUUCUACAUGAUAUGAGUGUGAGACUCUGGGCAAGUCACUUGCAUGUCCAAUGGAGAUUUUUAAAAAAACCUAAUGUACCAGGCAGACGUUUUACUAAACAAGGUCAUGACAGUCAUACCUGCGAUUUCCCACAAGUUCGUGGUAUUACACUGUGUCAUGCUGGGCGUGGCCUGAGACAGGCUUCGAUUCUUCUCCAGCUCUACCGCUUAGAUGCAUGACAUGAGCAGUUCAGUUUCCUUGUCCACAAAAGGGACAAGUGAAUAAAUAAAUAAAUAAGGCAAAUACCUAAAGUCCUCAACACACUCUUUGCAGUGUAUGUAUUAAGUAUAGCUCUAAGUAUUAUUUUCAUCAUUGUAAUGUUACUUGC